GGGCUUUCCUCCGCGAACAGCUCAGAGGGACGCCUAGCCUCCCUCACACCCGCGCAAUUCUGAAGCCAGGCUCCAUCCCGCUUCCGCACCGUCCAGCCCACUCGGAGGCCGGGACCAGGUCCGCCUCACGUACACGCGCGUCCAGUGCCCACGACGGAUCACGCAGACUCCUGCCGCGCCCACCCCCACGGUUCGCCUCAGGACCGCGCGGCCGGCCUUGCAGUCCAGGCCGAACUCCGCGCGGAGUCCAUCAUGGCCUCACGCCCUCCGUGUCUCUGGCGCUGGCGGGGUCUGAGGCGGCGGGAGGAACUCACGAGCUUCUCCGUGUGGAAAAAGUCUCCCGACGCUUUCUCGAACUCCUCUUCGACGAGUGACUGGUGCUCCGCGCGCACGCGCACGGAUAAACCGUGCGCCGCCCACUGCGCCCGAGUGUCCUCGGAUUCCUGGCGGGACGCCGUGGGCUGCCGACUCUAUGCUUGACUACGACGAGGCGACCGCCUUCCUGGGCGAGUGGGGACCCUUCCAGCGCCUCAUCUUCUUCCUGCUCAGCGCCAGCAUCAUCCCCAAUGGCUUUACUGGGUUGUCAGCCGUGUUCCUGACGGCGAUCCCGGAGCACCGUUGCCUGAUACCAGACACCGUGAACCUGAGCAGCGCGUGGCGCAACCACAGUAUCCCGUUGGAGGCGAAGGACGGACCAGAGGUGCCCCAGAAAUGCCGCCGCUACCGACUGGCCACCAUCGCUAACUUCUCUGCGCUGGGUCUGGAGCCUGGGCGGGAUGUGGACCUGGAGCAGCUGGAGCAGGAGAACUGCCUGGAUGGCUGGGAGUACGACAAGGACAUCUUCCUGUCCACCAUCGUGACAGAGGUUUGGUCGCAAGAAUGUGCUGUUUCUGACCAUGGGCAUGCACACCGGAUUCAGCUUCAUCCAAGUCUUCUCUGUGAACUUUGAGAUGUUUACUCUGCUCUUUACACUUGUUGGCAUGGGACAUAUAUCCAACUACGUGGCAGCAUUUGUCCUGGGAACAGAAAUUCUUUCCAAGUCAGUUCGAAUUAUAUUCGCCACCUUAGGAGUUUGCAUAUUUUUUGCAUUUGGCUUCAUGGUGCUGCCCCUGUUUGCAUACUUCAUCAGAGACUGGAGGAUGCUGCUCCUGGCAAUUACUUUACCAGGAGUGCUGUGUGGGGCUCUCUGGUGGUUCAUCCCUGAGUCUCCCCGGUGGCUCAUCACUCAAGGCCAAAUUAAAGAGGCAGAGGUGAUCAUCCGCAAAGCUGCCAAAUUCAAUGGGAUUGUUGCACCUUCCACUAUCUUCGAUCCAAGUGAGACCACUAAGUUACAAGACAAUAGUUCCAAGAAGCCUCAGUCGCACCACAUUUAUGAUCUGGUCCGAACACCGAAUAUCAGGAUCCUCACCAUCAUGUCCAUAAUCCUGUGGCUGACCAUAUCAGUGGGCUAUUUUGGACUAUCUCUUGACACUCCUAACUUGAAUGGGAACAUCUAUGUGAACUGCUUCCUACUGGCGGCUGUUGAAGUCCCAGCCUACGUGCUGGCCUGGCUGUUGCUGCAGCAUGUGUCCCGGCGUUAUUCUAUGGCUGGUUCCCUCUUCCUGGGUGGCAGUGUCCUUCUCUUAAUGCAACUGGUGCCUUCAGACUUACAUUACUUGUCUACUACCCUGGUGAUGGUGGGGAAGUUUGGAAUCACCUCUGCCUAUUCCAUGGUCUAUGUGUACACAGCUGAGCUGUACCCCACUGUGGUCAGAAACAUGGGUGUGGGGGUCAGUUCCACAGCAUCCCGCCUUGGCAGCAUCCUGUCUCCCUACUUUGUUUACCUUGGUGCCUAUGACCGCCGCCUACCUUAUAUCCUCAUGGGAAGUCUGACCAUCCUGACAGCUAUCAUCACUUUGUUCUUUCCAGAGAGCUCUGGGGUUUCUCUCCCAGAAACCAUUGAUGAGAUGCAAAAGGUCAAAAGAAUAACACAAGGGCAAUCCCAAAGCAAGAAAGGGUCCCGACAAGAGUCUAAAGGAAAUGUGUCCUGAACCUAAAGGCUGUUAACACCUGGUCCAGAAGCUGAAAGAACUGAAUUGAAAACGUGCACAUUGUCAGAAAUACUGUCAGUGACCAAGUGCUUUCUGUUGUGUUAGCAUUGUGUCUAACAAGCAUCUGUCCUGGAAAGUCACCUUCCUCUAGGGCCGCCAAGGCUAACUACACACAACUUGCACGUCCCAUCACGGUGGUGGACAUGGGCCUUCCAAAACGAUGAAUAACUCUCUUGAACAAGCAGGACUUGUAAGACUAUGAGAAACGUCUGCUAGACAUGCUUUGUUAUGUUGUAAGACCUGAUACGGGUACACAUAGAACAGCAGGUCUGUUUCCCCCUCCUUUCCCUAACUGCAGAACUUGCAGGAAAGGAGUAAGUGUGGCUCAGGGGCAGCAUGCUUAUCUAGGAUGCACAGGGCCCUGGGUUUGAUCAAGUGCACCAGAAGG